AUGGUCCUGCGCGGAAAAUACCUUCACUGGGCUGUGACGGCUGCAAGCUGUCAAGCCUUUCUUCUCUUGGGAUAUGAUCAGGGUGUGAUGAGCGGCCUGAUUGGCGCGAACAAUCAAUUCGGACAAACAUUCAACAAUCCCGAUAGCACGAUGCAGGGUCUCCUUACUUCCAUCUACGAUAUCGGCUGUGCAGUAGGCUGCCUCCUCAGUCUCGUCAUUGGUCACAAAUACGGUCGACGCAAGAUGAUUAUUGCGGGUGGUUCAAUCAUGAUCAUAGGAACAAUCAUCCUCGGCAGUUCCUAUACCGUUCCUCAAUUCCUCGUUGGCCGAAUUGUCACUGGCCUUGGCAAUGGAAUCAACAGCAGUACCGUUCCAGCAUACCAAUCCGAGUUAGCGCGCCCAGAGCAGCGUGGUAUGUUGCUCUCUGCCCAAGGCACUGUUACAAUUCUCGGUCUCUGCAUCGCAUACUGGUUGGACUAUGGGCUGAGCUUUGUGGACACACCCGUUCAGUGGCGAUUCCCAAUCAGUUUCCAAGCUUUCUUUGCCAUCUGCUUGGUUUUGCAGAUGAUUCCCCUCCCUGAUUCCCCACGCUGGCUCUGUGAACAAGAUCGCAGUGACGAGGCUGCGUCGGUCCUGGCACGCCUACAACUGGAUCAGCCUGCUGAUGAGUCAGAUCCUGAGGUUGUUCUUCUACGUCAUCAAAUUGUAUCUUCUAUCGAGAUCGAGUCUGCUGGCGGACCUUUCAAGUACAAGGAGCUCUGGUCGGGUGGUCCGAUGGGAAAUCUGCGACGCAUGAUUUUGGCUGCUGUUAUCAAUAUUCAGCAGCAGUUUACAGGCUCUAACAUGAUCAACUACUACGCCCCCGUUGUCUACCAGAAUGCUAUGAAUCUCUCUCGCAACCUAUCCUUGGUUCUCGGCGGCUGCACCUCUCUCGCAUACCUUGUUGGCUCUGUUAUCCCCCUGUGGAGUAUGGAUAAAUUCGGCCGACGAGUGUCACUCAUGGUCUCCGCCGCUGGUCUCUGUUUCUGUUUCGUGAUGACUGCUAUUCUAUUAUCGAUUGGCACCGAGUCAUGUGCAUAUGCAGCUACUGUGUUUGUGUUUAUCUUCCAAUUGUUCCUUGGCAUUGGUUAUCUGCCAGUCCCCUGGUUCUAUCCUUCUGAAAUCUCGACUACUCGUAUCCGAGCUAGAGCUCAAGCUUUUGGUGGCUUCGUCAAUUGGAUUUGUGUUUUCAUUGUCGUCCAAAUUACACCAACGGCAAUUGAUAAUAUUGGAUGGAAAACAUUUAUUAUCUUUGCCUGCUUCUGUUUUGCCUGGAUUCCAAUGGUCUUCUUCUUCUUCCCCGAGACCAAGGGCUUGGAACUGGAGGAUGUUGAUCACCUCUUCUCGAGAGGUGGAAUCACUGGAGGUGUUUGGGAAACAAGAGGUUAUCCCGUCCACCCUGGGCACCACCGAACUUUGAACAACGAGAGCAGUGAAAAGCCAAUGGGUGAGACUGCACACAUCGAGGUAUAA